CGUUUUUUGAACAACUCGGUUCUCGCAUAGCCUAAAGUGGCCUCGCUUUGCCGGCCGUCGGCCAGGGUCGCUGGCCAAUUCCAGUGUAGCGAAUCCGCUGCUUGCUAGCUCAAGCUCCGCUACUUCCAGGUUCGUGUCCAACUGGAGCUGCGGACAGCGAGCGACACGACGGCGCAUGCGGAUGCUCAUGGAUUGUCCUACCUCUGGCUGAUUGAAUACCACUGCUACCUUCGAAAACUUGAAACAAAGGUGCAAGAAUAGCUGGCACAAACCCCACCCCCCUGAAAACAGAUAAAUCGCAGUUAACCCCGCGCCACCCUGCUGCCCACCAUGGUCCGCAUCAUACCCAAUCGCCUCAAGUCGAGCUUCUCUAGCAACUCGGCGACCAACUCGACGGCAAACAGCCGCAGCACAAGUCCAAUGCGAAGCAAGGGAGAUUCGUCAAGCCCGGAGGGCUGCAGGGACAAUGGACUGGUCCUGAACGUCACGAUUUUACGGGCCAGGAACCUCGCCGCCAAGGAUAGAGGUGGCACGUCGGAUCCGUACCUCGUCCUGAAUCUUGGCGAAGCAAGACACAUCACCCACUCAGUGCCCAAAACACUCGACCCAACCUGGAACGAGCAGUGCCAGCUCCCCAUCACUGGCGUGCAAAGCCUGCUCCUCGACGUGUGCUGCUGGGACAAGGACCGCUUCGGGAAGGACUAUCUUGGAGAAUUCGACCUUGCGCUCGAGGAGAUAUUCGCCGACGAGAAGACAGAGCAGCCGCCCAGGUGGUACCCACUAAAAAGCAAGCGCCCAGGGAAGAAGACGAGCGUUGUCUCGGGCGAGGUUCUGCUGCAAUUCACCCUCCUCGAUACCGCGAACAGGGACGCUACUGACCAGCAGAUUCUGGCCAAAUUCGCCGCCAUUGCAAACUCAGUCCCCGCUGGGAAUUCUUCGCGGAAUACCGCGCCCCGUUCCGUCGGAAAGAGCAAGACACCCUCACCUUCACCAUCGCCCAGCGAAAGACGAGCAGAGGACAAUGAUGAAGAGGAGGAAUAUGAGAUGGACGAUGAUGAAACACCCGAAGACGAAGAUCCGAACAAGCCGGAUGCGGCCGAAAAGAGGAAAAGGCGGCUGCGCAUCAAGGGAUUGAAGCGCAAAAAGAACGACAACCCGUAUGAGUUCGUAAACGGCGGCAGCGAUGUGGUCGGCAUCAUUUUCCUCGAGAUUUGCAACAUUACGGAUCUCCCUCCGGAGUCAAACCUAACCAAGACGAGCUUCGAUAUGGACCCCUUUGUUGUUGCCUCAUUGGGGAAGAAGACCUACAGGACCAAGACCAUCCGGCACAACCUCAACCCAGUCUUUAACGAGAAGAUGAUUUUCCAGCUCCUUGGGCACGAGCAGUCCUACAGUUUUUCGUUUAUUGUCAUCGACCAUGACAAAUACUCGGGCAACGAUUUCAUCGCUUCCGUAAAUUUCCCGGUCAAGGAGCUUAUUGAGAAGGCCCCCAAGGCCGACCCCGAGACCGGUUUGUAUAAUCUAAAGGAUGUGCCCGAGUAUUCUGCGCCGGUACAGCGCCCCCGGUUCAUGAGGCUGGGCUUGUCCCGUACCUCUUCCGCCCAAAGCUUGAGCAAACUCGCCAGACCAGUCCUGUCCAAGAACCCCUCAUCUGUGACGUCUUCGUCUGUCGCGGCCACGCCAGCGCAGACCCCCGGCAUUUCCCAACCCACCCUUGAUGCCCUUAUGGAAGAGUCUCAGCCGGCGUUGCCCAGCCCCGGCUGUCUUCAACCGCAAGACAAUGCCGUGGCCGCAGCCGCCUCUACCCUCGGGGAGACAACGCCGCCUGACGGCGAUGACCCCGACUUCAUCUCGUACACGCUUCCGCUCAAAAUGAAGAACAUGGAGAAAUGGGAGGCCAAGCAUAACCCCCGGUUGACUAUCCGUGCCAAGUACAUGCCCUAUCCGGCCCUCCGACAGCAGUUCUGGAGGGCAAUGCUGAAGCAAUAUGACGCCGACGAGAGCGGGCUCAUUAGCAAGGUUGAGCUGACGACCAUGCUCGAUACUCUUGGUUCCACUCUUCGAGAGUCGACUAUUGACAGUUUCUUCCAGCGGUUCCCUCACAAGGCGACUGAUGACGAUGGUGCCGAGGACCUAACUAUGGAUGAAGCCGUCAUUUGUCUGGAGGAUCAACUUCAGGCCAAGACGCGGUCCCAUGGCGUGACGGAACGCGUCAAGAAUAUGCUGCCUGAUGCGGACAAGGUCAAGAAUCUCCUUACACUUCCCGGGAAAGGUACCACUUCCGGCACUGAAACACCAGCGGAGAGUCUCGAGACCCCUUCCGAGUCGCAGGUCUCCGAGUCCGCUACCAUCGCUGUCCCAGAACUGAACACGCCGGGCGAGGAGGGCGAGCUUCUAGACCGGGACGACUUGAACAUCAAGACGACGGAGGAGCAUGUGGUUGAGAUACGCGAGUGCCCAAUAUGCCAUCAGCCGCGCUUGAAUAAGCGCAGAGAUGCGGAUAUCAUCACGCACAUUGCUACUUGUGCGAGCCAGGACUGGCGUCAGGUUAACAACCUGAUGAUGGCCGGUUUUGUCACAUCCAGCCAGGCGCAGCGCAAGUGGUACUCCAAAGUCAUUACCAAGAUAUCGUAUGGAGGUUAUAAACUUGGCGCGAACUCGGCCAAUAUCCUCGUCCAGGACCGCAUGACCGGUCAAAUCAACGAGGAGAAGAUGAGCGUCUAUGUUAGGCUGGGCAUCCGGCUGCUGUACAAAGGCUUGAAGUCCAACAACAUGGAGAAGAAGAGGAUCCGGAAACUUCUCAAGAGUCUCAGCAUCAAGCAAGGCCGAAAAUACGAUGAUCCUGCGUCCAAGGCGGAAAUCCCCAAAUUCAUUGCGUUCCACGGUCUGGACCUGUCCGAGGUGCUGCUUCCCUUAAACGAGUUCAAGAAUUUCAACGAGUUCUUUUACCGCGCCCUCAAGCCCGGUGCACGGCCCUGUUCGGCGCCCAACAACCCACGUAUCAUUGUCUCACCGGCCGACUGCCGCUCCGUCGUCUUCAAUCGCAUCGAGACAGCAACGAAAGUGUGGGUCAAGGGCCGUGAGUUCAGCAUCAAGCGGCUCCUGGGAGAUGCGUAUCCUGAGGACGUAGCGCGCUACGAGCACGGCGGGGCGCUCGGCAUUUUUCGCCUUGCGCCGCAAGACUACCACCGCUUCCACAUACCCGUUGACGGCGUCAUGGGAGAGCCCAAGACGAUUGCUGGCGAGUACUACACGGUCAAUCCCAUGGCCAUCCGCUCAGCGCUUGACGUCUACGGCGAGAAUGUCCGCGUCCUCGUUCCCAUCGAUAGCCCCAUCUUUGGUCGGGUCAUGGUGAUCUGCGUCGGCGCCAUGAUGGUCGGAAGCACCGUCAUCACCCGGAACGGAGGCGAAGAGGUUCGGCGCGCCGAAGAGCUGGGCUAUUUCAAGUUUGGCGGGAGCACGCUCGUGGUGCUGUUUGAGCCCGGCAAGAUGGUGUUUGAUGACGAUCUGGUAGAGAACUCAAACAUGGCGUUGGAGACCUUGAUACGCGUCGGCAUGUCAGUCGGCCACGCACCCGGCGAGCCGCAAUGGACGCCCGACAUGCGCAAGGACGAAAACCAGAUCACCGAGGCGGACAAACAGGACGCCAAGCGCCGCAUCCAAGGCCAAGUCGCCGAGGAAUCGCCCGACGACAGCGGCAGCGGCGGGGAUGGUGAGGACGGUGCCGCCGCGUUGCGCGUGCCGCCUGCUUCGGCUGCUGCUGCGGCCAUGGCUUCUUGAAGCAAGUGAUUCCCUCUUGGACUGGGCUCUGGGCCUGGGUGAGUUGCGGGAAUUGGUAACUGGU